AUGUCAUUCUAUUCAUAUCUAUCUAUCUAUCUAUCUAUCUAUCUAUCUAUCUAUCUAUCUAUCUAUCUAUCUAUCUCAUUCUAUUCAUAUCUAUCUAUCUAUCUAUCUAUCUAUCUUAUUCUAUUCAUAUCUUUCAAUCGGUCUAUGUCAACCUCUUCCCUAUCUAUCUUUCUAUAUGCAACCUCUUCUCUCCCUAACCAUCUCUCUCUCUCUCUCUCUCUCUUUCCAUCUAUCUAUUUCAUUCUAUUCAUAUCUAUCUAUCUAUCUAUCUAUCUAUCUAUCUAUCUAUCUAUGUCAACCUCUUCUCUAUCUAUCUUUCUAUAUGCAACCUCUUCUCUCCUUACCCCUCUCUCUCUCUCUCUCUGUCUUUCCAUCUAUCUAUUUCAUUCUAUUCAUAUCUAUCUAUCUAUCUAUCUAUCUAUCUAUCUAUCUAUCUAUCAUAUACUAUUCAUUAUUUAUCGAUCUAUCUCAAUCUUUCCUUUCCUUUUCUCUCUAUUUCUUGCUCUUUAUUUUUUGUUUCUCUUUUUCUUUCUUCUCUUUCUUUUCCACCUGGCCUCUGUCUAUCAGUCUAUCUUCCUCAUUUCACUCACCUCUCAUGAUUUGUUUCUACUUUCAUUCGUCCAUAUCUAUCUUUCUCUCUCUCUCAUUCUCUCUUUUCUCUCCCUCUCUCCCACUCCCUCUCCUCCCCCCUCUCUCUCCUUUUCUCACUUUCUUCCUCAUUCAUUCUCGCUCGAAUAUAUAUUUGGAGACCACGAUCAUUUCACCUUAUUAAGCGCACAUUUCAAGCAAACAAAUUCGCGCUGA